GUAAUCAUGAACAGGAGGGAGAUAGUUGCCAUCAAGUUUCGUAUGAGGAAUGCUGAGUACACAGUGACGAUGGCACAAUUCAAGGAGAUCUUUGGAUUUUCAGGGGAGGUGUAUAGAGAGCCGUUUAGCUUCAGUCACAAUGCGAAUGACUUCUGGAAGGCCAUCACUACCGUUGAUGACAACUUCGCCGCCAACAGGGCAAAGGGUUCUCUCAUUAGGAACCCAGCCUUGCGCUUACUCCAGAAGGCGUGUGUAUGUUACCCCUUCGCUCGUCAUGAGCAUGGGAGCGUGCAGAGAGACGAGCUCUUCCUGUUAUGGACUAUUUUGCACAAGGAGGCUCCCUUGAAUUUGGGCCACUUCAUGAUCAAACAUCUUGAGAGGGCUUCGAAGAAGAAAACCGGCACACUCUGUGUCGGUGCGGUUGUGUCAGCUAUUGCACUCCAUCUUUGAGUGUCGACGAGGGGCUUGGUCGCCGACAUUGGUGAC